AUGGGAAACAUAUGCGAAAAAAAUACCAAACCUAGUUUUAUAAAUGAAAAUCGAUCUUCAUUGUUUGUAUAAAAAAAUCCAGAUUUAACAUAAUAAAAUCCAUAAAUACGUUUAAUAGUAAGUACCUGCUAAUAAGAAAGUUAGUAAGAAAGCUAAUAAUAAUCAGAUAAUUUUUAAAAGUAAAGUUUACGAAAAUCUAAUAGUUCAAAUGGUAGUGAUAGAAAAAGAAAACAAGUAACAAUUUAAGAUUUUGUAAUCGAAAAGCCUUUAGGCAAAGGCGGGUUUGGAGUAGUAUAUUUAGUUACAAAAAAGAGUUCUUAACAUAAAUACGCAAUGAAAACAAUAAAAAAAAUAGAUAUGGUUAAUUAGGAUUUAAUAGAAAGUACAAUGUUGGAAAAAAAUAUAUUAAUAAAUUGUAAUAAUCCAUUUAUAGUUUAAUUAAAAUAUUGUAUUUAAACCGAAAAAAAAGUUUAUUUAAUUAUGGAAUAUUUAGAAGGAGGGGAAUUAUAUAAUUUACUAAAAUAUUUAGGAUAGUUUCCGGAAAAAAUAGCCAAGGAUAUUAAACCUGAAAAUGUAUUAUUAUCUAAAUAAGGUCAUGCUAAAAUUAUUGACUUUGGGCUAUGUAAAGAACGUGAUUUGUAGGAUUAAUUGACUUAUACUUUUGCUGGGACUGCUGAAUAUUUAGCUCCAGAAAUAGUAUUAGGUAAAGGUCAUAAUAAAAAUGUCGAUUUUUGGUGUUUAGGCAUAUUUUUAUUUGAAUUAAUUGCUGGUUAUCCACCCUUUUAAGAUUUAAAUAGAAAUUUUGAUAAAAUUACGUAAUUAAUUAUUGAAAAUAAACCUGUUUUUCCUGAUUAUUUUUCUCCUUAUUUAAAAGAAUUGAUACAAAGCUUUCUUUAAACAAAUCCAUUUCAAAGAUUAGGUGCUUAAUCUUUUGAUGAUAUUAAAAGUCAUAGAUUUUUUUAUGAUAUUAAUUGGGAUAAUCUUUACUAAUUAAACGUUAAUUCUCCUCUUCUUUCAUACACUAAUAUUGAAAAAAUAGCUAAAGUCAAUAGACCUAGACCUAUUUAUGAAACUCCGGUUAAUUCAAAUAUUAAAUUGCCUUAAAUUUAAGGUAUGAGCUAUGAUAUUGAGGAUGUUUAAGAAAAUGAUUUGGAAACUGAAUUCGUUGAAUCUUUAAUUAAAAAAGAUAAAUGA